AUGGUGGAGGACAUAAAACAGCAGCAAAAGCAGGGUUUGGGGAACUUUAAAAACUGCUUGGCAGUGUGUUGUCUCACCGAUAUCCUGGGCAAUGGCAGAGCAUGGGCUAUGACUUUGGGACUUGUGGUGUCUGAACUGAGUGAAGAGCCGGUAUGGAAAGGAAAGGUGAUCACUUUCGGUGAUUCCCAAUAUGAGCUGCUGCUGCAUUCGAUACAAGGCAAUGAUCUCAAAUCCAAGGCCAAGUUUAUGAUGAGGACAAACAAAGAUUUCAGCAUAGCUAAUUUUCCAGAGGCGUGUGAUUUGAUUCUGGAAGUGGCUGUGAAUGAGAACUUAAAGCCAGAGCAGAUGGUCAAGAAGGUGUUUGUGUUCACCGAUUUUUCAUGCCAUGGUAUUGACUGGAAGCCUAGUUAUGAGGCAGUACGGAGUAAGUUUAAGGAGCAAGGCUAUGGGGAUGAUGCGAUCCCAAAAGUUUUGAUUUGGGGUCUUUUUGACUUUAACAUGCCUAGUAUAGUAGAACCUCAUCCAGGGCUGAAGAUUUUGAGUGGCUACUCAGACAAUUUGGGCAAGGUAUUCUUGGACAAUGGUGGAGAAAUUGGCCCGCACCAACUCAUGGAAGCAGCCAUUGCUGACAAAGAGUAUCAAGCUCUCUCUGCGGUCGACUGA